CCCCAGAAACUGGUGUCCCAUCCACCUCUACCCUUCUGCAGCAGUCCUUGCCCCAGUAAAUUGAGACGGCAGUCCUGUUCCCUGCCUGCUGGUGGAGUUCUCUGCUUGGCCCUCUCUGCAUUUCGGUGCCUGUGGUGAGGUGGAGACUGCCAGCCUGGCUGGGUCCUCCCUGAUGUGCUGGUGUGUGGUCAGGCAGGCAGGAGCCAUGGCUUUGUCCAGCAGCUCUUCCUGCCUGCUUGCACACUGGAGGCAGACACUGGUGUAGGGUUGUUUGUUCCCACACUUCAGAGAAGAGUCCUUGCAUGCACAGAAAACAGUGCCCUGCUUUCUGCUUGACAUUGCUGUUGAAAUGACUCCUGCACUGUUGUUUGGGAAUCCAUAAUUAAGAAAUGUUGUGAAUGAAGCUAUUUACAGUAGUAGGCCCUGUAUUUAUUAAUGUGUAUCCAUCCUGGGAGAGCUUGGCUUCCUUGAAGGGGAUGAAGAUUUUGACUUUCUGCUUGUGCUCUUCUGAAGAAGUGGUGGACCCUAAGAGGUUUGCUUUGACUGUCAAGCAAUACCUCUCUUCCCCUCUGUAAAAUUAAUUUGUCUUGAAGAAGAAAAAGGUCUCCAGUGAGACUGUGGGAAUUCAGGUGGGACUGGGGGUUCCACAAGUGAAGCUGUUGCAUUGUGUUUUCUAUGGAUUGAUGGCAUUGCUCUCUUUCUUGGUUGGCAGUUAUUGUAUACAACAAAAAACAUUAGCUGAUAGCAGGUAGGAUAUUAUCACUGUUAAAUACACACAAAGUAUAUAGUUGGAAAAUAACUGUAUUAUAGUCACGAACAAUGAGUAAGAUGUUAAGCUGCCUUGCUGGAUACUAGGGUGGUUUUUUUCCUCCUUGAGAAUCUUCUCAAAUAAAUGCAGGAGCUGUGAAACUUACUGGCUAUUAUGGUAAUGUUCAGGUAUCUUCAGAGUGAGGUCUGUUCCCCACUAGGCAGUUAUGUCAGAUACCCGUGGAUGUCUGAGACAUUUUUGUUCCCAAUUAUAAUCAUCAGGGAACAAGAUGUGUAUCAUUUUUUGUACCUUUUCCUGACAGUAGAAGAGCUCCAUGGUAAUGCAGUGAUGGAAGGCUCACAAGCCUUGGUGUAGGUGUUGUGAGGGCAGAGACAUGUGUGCUGCUGUGCAAAUGGACACUUAACUAAAGAGCCCUCAAGUGGGCACAACAGCCAGGAAUGCUGAGUGAUUGUUCUCCUCCAUUGCUAAUACAGAUUUCUUUUCUGAAUACCAAAAAGUAUAUUGUAUGGUGGAGUUAAGAUUGCAUUGUUCUCCUUCUAUAGUUUAUUAAAUCCUUAAUUUUGAAUACACUUUUUAAUAAAAGGACCCCCCAAAUCAGAGUAGUUUAUUGUGGAGCACACUACGCCUUAUUAUGCAUUGCUUUUUACCUCGGACAGAAUGAACUUGAUUAGAGCAGGAGUUGCCAUUAAGUGAGGUUUACUUUAUCUCCUGCAUGCUUUGUGUAUCCCAGCUGAGCCAGACAAUUGAAGAAAUGUUAGUCCAAGCUGAGCUUUGAUGUUUUAGCCCACAGCUGCUUUUAAAAUGUUAUUUUGUAGGAUUUCUAUAAAAGCAAUUAAAUAGUCUGUUUGCUGAGACCAGCAUGUCUAAAACUUGUUAUCUCAGUUGGGAUACAAAAAAGUAUGUUGCAAGUAAUAGCAGUUUCUGGACCAGUUUAUUUUUGGAAAAAGCACAUUUAAUAUUUUGAAUGGAAACUUUCCAUCACGAAAUUUCAAAGCUCUGCUGGUUUUAGCAUCCUGGCAGUUUUUGAAUCAGUUUGAGGGAAACAAAUAUUUUGCUAUGUUGUAAAGAAAUGUCUUCAGCAAGUACCUUGGUUUAAUUGUGUUUUAGAACUAAGCAGGCAAUGCUAAUGUAUUUCUUACUAAACAAAGUAUUAUGUAUAUAUCCUGGUAAUACCAUAACCAGAACACUUGGUGUGGUGGAUUCCUAUUAAUCAUAACAAAACAAAUUCUCAAAAACAACUGGGUUUUAAAUUUUCUUUGAAACAACUUCUGGUGCUUCUACUGCUCAGCACUCAGUUCAUUAACAUUGUUGGACUGGGGUGUCCAUUCUGCUGUGUUUUGUAUUUUUUAAUCCAGAACACGGGAUAUUAUUUUUCAGAUAAUGGCAUUCAGUAUUAUCUGAAUGUUCUCACACUGAAAUUCAAAUGCUUUAGCGGCAUAAAUGUAUUUUUGAUUAUUUUGUCCUAAAAUGUAAAUGUUUGCACUCUAUAUGUGUAUUUUCUUUUGUUUUUGCCCACCAAAACUUUAUUUUGUAUUAAUUAAGAAGAUAACCCUUCUGUUUCUCCCUGGAGGGACACUUGGUGUAAACUCUUAGCUGCAUUCACAUAUUAGAUGAGUAGACAGAAGGUGUAGUGUAAGCCUUCACAGAGGAACUGUAAGCAACGUAUGACCAAGAAGACAUCUGCAACAAAGCUCCAGGAGAGAUGUAAUUUUCUUAACCAUGAAUGCUCAGAAAGAUUGAAACACAUCCUUGCAGGAAGGUUGUCUUGGUAUCCUGUAGUUAAAAGGGCCUUAACUUCAAAUAGCAAAAAUUCCUCUCUUGAGGACCAUCACAUUCUGAUUUUCUUUUAAGAACUUGAGGAUGAAGGAGAAAAAUGGUUACUGACUAAGUAAUAACUACUCAUAAUAUGGUAGAAGCUCUUGAUGGAGGAUGGUGUGUGUGUUCCAGAUCUUGUUUUCACUGACUUGUCUUAGAUGCCAAUGUUGUAGCAUUGAACAGUCAUUGAUUAAACUAAUUUAAAAUUUAUCUUGGCACAGUAAACAAUGAAAAGGUAUCUAUUUGGUGGUGUAUAUUAAUUAUUAAAUACAGGAAUUUUUUUUUCCUUAAUCAGGGAAUUAUUAUUUUUCUCAUUUUGCCAUUUUCUCUGACAAAAAUAAACCCUACAUGCCUUGGAAAGUUUAAGUGUUAUUAGGACUGGAAUCUGCCAAAAAUAAAUACAUAUGUGGAUUGUUUAGGAACAUGGUGCACUCAGAAAUUCAAGGGAACAUGUGUGCUCCCUUCGGCAGCCCCAUACUAGGGAACAAAAUCAUGCUCUGUUAUUGAACCAGAGGCCCCUUGGUUUUAUCAAUGAUGGAAUCCAUUAUGUUAAUUCCUAUUUAAAUUAAAAUUACACAUUAAGAUAUUUUGUAAUUUAAAAAUCAGUUGUCAAAAUCAUUGUGUUUUCCAUUUUAACAACAAAAUAAUUCAGGGUAGCUGAAUAAUAUUAAACAUUGUAGAAAUGUCUACUAAAGGCAUUGAUUGCUAGAGAAAUACAAUAAACACUAUAUGCAUUUCAUACUGUCCUGUGUUUCCUUUCAAGAAAUACAAUAUUGCUGUGUCCUUGAGUUGAUUAAAGACUGAAGAUUAAGGCUUCUGUAGCUGGCCAAAGGAAGCUGAUAUACAGUAUCUGGGUAUGUGGUUCUGCAGGUCUGUAGGACAUGACUUGGGUAUGGUUUUCCAGUUUCCAGCUCAGUGUAUCAAAGCUACUUCACAGACAAGGAUUAAUUUGAUCAAUGUCACGUCACUCAAAUGGUUCCAGUUCCCCCAGCACCAGUUCUUGCCUCACAUCUGCCAUUUCUGCUUCCAUCUCUGAAGUGCUCUGGGAAGGCACCCAAAUUUACCCUGAAGAGGUAAAUGGGAAUGCAUGGAAAAAGAAGGUGAUUCCUUGGAUGCGUGUCCUUGCUCCUGGUUGUUCCUGGUGUUUUACUCUGCAAAGCAUCUCCUUUCUCCUGUUGAUUUCCUGUGAAGUACCCUCUCUCAUGAUUUUUAUAUUGCCUUUUGAGACACUAGAAAGAAAGUUAUUUUUUUAAUUGAGGAGUCUGGCAAAGCCUUGCUUGUCAGGGAUGAGGAAAUGUCUGGUUGGGCUUUGUCAGAAAGCAGAGGUUCCCACGAAGCUGAACUUAGAAGUGGUUCCAAUGUACCAAACUGAUUUUUAGCUGUGGUGGGGGAAGAGUAGGAAUAGAACCUCUGUGUCUGAUGAGCCUCAGCUGUUACCCACAUUUGUGUUACCACAAACUUAUUAGAAUGUUCUGGGUCUAAGUAACUUCUGUCACGUUGAAGUUCAGCUUGUCUUUUCACUCUGCAAUAUUACAGGAGCUCUUGUAGCUUCUUUCUUACAGCACACAGCAGGCCCUUGUUUGUCCUGUGCCCUGCAUGAAUGCUUUUUAACCCUGUCACCUCAUCAUGAAGGAUUGUACAGAGCCCUGUCAGUGCCAUUAUUUGCACCUGUGGCAACAAGCUUUUCCAGCACUUUCUUUGACUUCAACUGGGCAAACUCCUCGUUAGCCUGUCUGCCAGCUGAGCACAUAAUCAAUGAGCUGGAGGUGCUUUUGUGUGAGCAGGAUAGCAGCUGGUUUUGCUUACACUUUUACCUUGGCAGGACAUUUUCCAUAUCCUCUGCCAAAAAUAUAUAGCAACUGGCUUUUUGUCAGCCUGCCCAACUUGAGUUUCUGGCCUGACAGACAAUUUCUUGCUGCACUGAUUUGUAGAGACUAUGCUUGGAAAGCACCAAAGUCUAGUAGCUUGUGUACAUGCAUACUGAGGCUAUACCAGACAACACUCACAUGGGGACCCUACUUGUGGUUUCACAUGCUGCGAGUUGCCACAUCAACCUUAUCAGUGUGUGAUUUCCUGGGGGAAAAGAUUGCAUCUGUUCUGGGAAUAAGCACACCAAAAUACCAAUAUGCCAUUGAUGAGUAUUACAGAAUGAAGAGAGAGGAGGAAGAGGAGGAACAGGAAAACAAGAUGUCUGAAGAAGCAGAAAGACAGCAUCAGGAACAGCAGAACAAGCCACAAGCUGAAGCUCCUGUCCAGACAGACCAGCCUGGAGCAACAGCAUGCUCUUCAUUUGUGAAUGUAAACUUUGAAAAUGAGGGAGAUUGCCCGCCCAUUGCAGAAAAUAAACAAGAUGUAGUUCCUGUCCCUCCUUAAGCAAAAAGCUCUGUAUAAUGUAGGAAAUAAGAACUGUCAGGUGUCACAAUCUGCCUAUAAACAGGAAAAAUAGGAUUAUGCUUGUUCAGUGAAAUACAACUCUUAUCAUUCUUAUUGAUCAGGAGAGAGCUAGGUGAUGUCUGUUCAGUCUGUCUGUCUAAUAAAGGAUGAGGCAUUCUGCCAAAUUGGCAUUUCAGUUAAAAGGAAAAUUGCACUACAAACAUUUGGUCUGAAAUUGAAUGUGUGAGCUAAUUCCUGUGUAAAGCAAGUAGAAAUGUCUUUUCUUUGAAUUGCUGUGUCUCUAACACCUGUGGAAUGCAGAGGCAGUGCUGUUUACUACUUCUAAAAACCUGAUUUGCACACUGAUUGCAACUCGGCUCUCUAUGAAUAGAUUAAUAGGAAUUAAUAUCCUGUAACUCAAAAGUAAUUAUAAUAGAGUCUUAUGCCCUCUAUUUAUUGUCACUGUUGUAUGCAUGUAUUUUUUUUCUGUUGUUAACAUAAGAGAAAAAUGUUAGAUUUAAUGUUAAUUAGAUUAAAGGGUCCACUGAUUUUUUUUUUCCAAUUAAAAAUACCCCAACUUUCCAGAAGGCUAUAAGCACCCAUAAGAACUUACUAACAAGUACCAGCACUUUUGGGGGCUAUUAGUGCUCAGCUGCUCCGUUCAGUGCUGUAGCAGAGUUCAGAACUAACAUCAGUGUAGGCUGUUCUCACUCCAAGCUCAAGAGUUAAGAGACCCAUGUGCCUGAAUGCAUGCUCUCAGUGAUCCUGUGAAAGAAACUGAAGUCUUGCAAAAUUAUACUUAGUGCAUUGGACACUAUGUAGUAUGGUCUAGAACUCUGAACUUUUUUGGACAUGGAUUACCCAAGUCUGUGUACUUGAGUAACCUAAACAAAGCAUGUGUUGAAUGUUAAAUUACCAGUACGGGAUGUUCUACUGCAGAUGGUUUGCAUCCUGUUAGCACAGAAUACAUAAAGAGCUAGGAACAACAAACCGAACUUAGGACUCUUUCCUUCUCUAAAAUAAUGUGAUGUGAUACUGCACUGGCAACAACAGAAAUUUUUGUCUAAAUGAACUGCAGGAAGCUCCACAUCAAAUACCAAUUAAGGCUAUUUUACUGCAAUGACUGUAGUACCUAUAGCUUGUAAAAGGUGAAUGGUUUACUUUUGAACAAUCAGCUGUCAUUGCCCCAGUCACUUUCUAUGGACAAUUGUUGUAGGUAUAGGAGCAGAGAACCUGCACCAGGUUACUACAUAGAAGUUUACUUCUGUCCUUGAGAUUUCUAAAAAAAAAAAAGUUUAAAAUAGUCCUCAGUGAAAUUGGGUUGUUGGGUAUCAUGAUGUGUCCCUGGCCUUGCUCCCACUGCCAACUAAGAAACCUGAUGUAACACCACAGGUCAGGUAACUUGGCUCUUGGUGUCAGCAAUUAGCUAUGUAUUUCAGAUGACCCUCUGCCUGAACUAAUAUCCUGUACAGCACAAACUCUUCCUCUCAUCUGUCUGUAGCUCUACAGCACUACAGAAAAUCUAAGGGGGAGGAUUCAAUCAUGCACUCUAGAGUCCAUCUCUUUUGGUACUCCAUUUUUUGCCUUUUCUGAAUUGUAAGACAGAGAGUGUUGACCACAGGGUAAAAUCACUCCUUAGCCCUGAACAUCUGUAAGGGAGAGUUUGAUUCAACACCUGGGGAAUACACAGAAAACCAGCUUGUUAGGAGUUCUUAUAUCAUCAAAGAAAAAAACAUCUCUGAUAGCUUGAAUAAUACCUUGACAGCUGAAGGAUAUCUUGUUUUUCUUCCAAUAAAUUAAUGCCAAUUUUUUUUUACCUCCUUUCCCUACUAUUCAUUGCAUAACAAAUGCUCUCACUGCCUUCUUUGUAUAAAAUACUGUAUUACUCACUGUGCCUUAACUUAAUCCUUCCUUUUUUUCAAGCUGUAUGAAAGUGGUUACUUUCAUAUUGGUUUAAUUUUUCUGUAAAUGCAUUAAUUGGUUAUUUUAUAUUUAAUAUAAUUUUUGAACUGGAAGUUGGCUAUGGAUUUUCCUUUAAAACUGUGUGGUCUUUGAAACUUUAUGCCUGUACACAGGUGCAUGUGCCUGUUUACUGUUUUCAUCUUUACCCAGUCACAGAUCCUGGUUGAAUAUUCAGGCACCAGAAUUCAAAAUAUCAUUUUACCCCCACCCCUUCCUUAGACUGUCAUGUAGUACUCUGUGUUCAGCACUACCUCAAGCUAAUAAAUAAUGCAGGAUUGCAAACA